GCUGUGUGCAGAUACGACGACGCUAACGAUUGCAACAGUGAACUUGUAGCUUUGCGUUUCUUUGCCGGACUGUGACGAUAUGAAUAUUUUGCCGAAAAAGAGCUGGCAUGUUCGCACCAAGCGAAACAUUGACCGUGUACGCAAGGAUGAAGCGCUUGCAGCUCAAGAGGAGAAAGAACUCCAAAGGAGGAUUCAGCUUGCGGAGUCAGAAGCCCGGAUCAACUUCUUGCGUGGAAAAUUGAAGGGAGAGGGCCAAGAACAAUUUGACUUUGAAAAAGCAGCAACUGCUGAGGUUGCGACAGACUUGACAUCUGGUGGCCAUUUCAACUUCUUCAAAGAUGUGGAAAAGGCUGAGCGGAACCUGCAUUCUAAAAAUGAAGAUCGCGAGAAGGAAAAGAAGACAGAAGUGGAAGAAUAUGAGAAAAAAAUUGGCUUACUCACGUAUUUGGGGCAGAGCUCAAGUGAAGCCUCUGGCAGUAAACCAUGGUUUACAGAGUCGCAUGAAGAACGCUUGCAGCUUCAUGAGGAGUCAGAGAAAGAAACUAAAGAUUGCAAAACUAAAGACCGCAUGGACCCACUGCAUCUUAUGAAGCACUAUGUCUCCUUGAAGUGUGGCUUGAAGGAAAAUGGUCAGAAGAUCAAGAAGCUAAAUCAAUUUGCACAGCAGACACAGCUACAUUCAAAGAAGGUGAAACGCCUGGAGAAGCCACUAGAACAACUACGAGCUGAAAGGUUGGCUCGUGAAAAGGCAGAGCGGGCAAGGGCUGAGGAAGUCCUUCGAAGAGCCCGUGGUGAGCUGCCAGUCCGAGAGGAGUUGCCUGAUGUUGUCAUGGAUGACAGACGACGAGGAUACAAUUCCCAGUACAACCCGCACUUAGCCAAGCGUCCCCAGUGACUUGUCUGAAUUUGGGAAUUCCCCUUCGGGGCUGCUGUAUAGACAGUGUUGCUGUAUUGUUGUGACUGCAACUACUACAUUAAGAUACAGCUGCCAUGUACAGUCGCGAGCAGGAGCCAGAUGGUUAAACACUUAGAAGUGGUGUUGCACUGCAGUCUGUGCUGUUUGGGAUGACCCCAUUUUAUAGCAGUGUAGUUCUGAGCACACUUAGUGUAAGCAACUGUUUUUACAUAUUCAUAACCAUGUCUCCAAGCCAAAGCCAACUAUUGGCAUUCCUCACCACCCUUAAAGGGCUCCUGAACCACUGCUGACCUUUUUUUACAUAUUUGAGUAGAGCAUGUAAAUGGUGUACACUGUACCAUGAUGAUCAUCUUUCACAAAAAUGGCAACGCUACGCACUGCAAGGAGGGCACAAAUUUGAAAAACAAUCCCGUGCUGAGUGAGCGUGUGCUGUGGGGUCUUACCUUAAGUUUCAUGUGAUUCUAGGAUAGUUAAGUGUUCAAAACUAGUUGAAAAUAGCGAGACCUGACGGCUAUGACACCGAUAAGCGGGGUGGCCAAAGUGUAAUUCCUACACAGGUGGCAGCGGCUGAGCGUGAGCAGAAGAUAGUAGGUUUCUUCCGGAAGUACGUAAUUACCUUAUAAAAUUUCGAAAGCAGAUUUUCGCUUAAUUCUGUCUGUUUAUAAACUGCAUCAAUAAAUAUACACGGUAAGAGUAGGAAGAAGCGCACUGAUCCAAACACCCUUCUUGAUUGAUGUCAGCUAUUGGCCAAUAGAAGCUGCGUAUGGUGUUCAGGACCCCUUUAAGUGAAGCAUUAGCGCUCUCUUAACAAUGCAUCAUGAAGCAGUCAAUUCAUUGUAUGCUUCAUUCCUUGGCAGAUUCGGGUCACUUUGGGAGCAAUGCUCCCUUAAAGCGAGUAGCUUUCUUUUAUCUAUUUCGCCUGUUUUCGUGGUCUGAAUUGGAAUUCAGCAUUAGUUAAUAGUAUUACCAAAUGAAUUCAACUGCUCGUUUUGAAGCAUUUUGUUUUCUCAUUCAUGUAGCUAGAGUGUAAAUUAAGAAGAAAAGAAACUGUAUAAAGCAAGCUGCUCAAUUUUACAUUGUUGACAUUCAUACUCCUUUUUUAUUUAUUAGUGCUCCAGAUCUUGACUGUAUUUAAAGAUUGUGUAAAAUUUGCAUGAAACAUGCCACAUGCAUGUGUGGAUUUUAAAUAUCCAAAUCUCCGUUGUCAGUGCACAAUACAUAUUGUUUUUAGUGGUUUCUUGCCAAGUAUCUGAGCAGAAAGUCUCACCCAUCAUUCUUUAUUAAAUUCAUAAAUUAGGUUGUCGGAGUUGACAUACAGGGCAGCCCCUAGCAUGGGUGAAGGUACUGGGUUUGAAUUCUGCUGUUGCCAGAAACCCACUGCUAGUUUUUUUUAAUACCUAGAGAUGCCCCCUAGCUUGGUGCUUGGCUGCGUGUGAGAGUUCUCAUCUUGAUACUACAGCCAUAUAGAUAUUUCUUGGCAUGGUGUCUGGGCACCUCUUUUCUAACCACAUAUGGCCUUGUAAUAAAGCAUCCACCAUCUCUGUGAAAGACAGACUGAGGACCUACUAGUAAAAUAGGUACAAGCACGCUUUCUGGACAGAUGCAACGCCACUGUGGUAGCUCUAUGAUUUGAAAGCGGGGCAUCCCCCAAACCAAAGGACAUCCCUACCAAUUAUGUGCUCUGGAAUGCCCUAUGGGUAAACUACUACUGUGAAAUAUUUGUAUGGCUAUAUUAUGCAACGAUCAUGGACAGUAUUGCAUAUGUAAAGUACAGUCGAACCUCGUUAUAGCGAAGUCGCAUUGAAAACGAAAAUACCUUCGUUAUAUCCGAUAUUCGUUAUGAGCAUACACACAGAUAUUGGUGGAAAAAAAAAAUCUUGAUCUUGUUUAUGCAAAAGAAACACAAGCGGGGUGGGGUGCUUCUGACGGGCCAGCAGAACGUCUCCUGCAGAUUUUGAUGACCCGUGGGCUUAUUGCCCUGCCAAUACGAAGCACGGUAACAGCAAUACCGUAUUUUUUAGCGUAUGACCCGAAGAGGUGUGGUUUCACGGUGAUGCGGUGAAGCCACACCUCAAGGCGAAAUUUGCAUUUAAUCCGCACCCUGACUUUACUGUUAAAAUUUUCUAGAUUUUGGUACGCAACCAUGCGAUCGGUGUAAUCAUGGGAGCUGGCACGUUGGCUUGCUGACUGCAGUCCAACCAUGCAGCCAAGCCGCUGGCCAAAACGCACCCGUGUUUUGGUGACAAGCCGCGAUGGCUUGUCAUCAGGUACUCUGCCAGCCUCAAUGCCUAGGCUGAUGACGAUUUAUUGACAUCUACUUUGAAACGGUGCGGUGACAAAUAGUCACCUAGCCUGCUUUAGUUAAUCAGGUAUGCUAUACAUGAUUUUCAUUCUAGCAUUGUAUUGCGAUAGCAAUUAUAUGGACACUCCAGGCGCAUUUCUACCGCCGCCGUGAGGUUCCGUGUAAAGUCCAAGGGCGAUAAUAUUGUCGCCACACGCCGUAUGCUGUAUGUGCGAGUGAAAGCGUGCAAGGGUGAGCCAGCGAUCACAGCUCAAUCUCGCGCAAGCAAGAUAGGGAAGCGGCAAGGAAGCCCGCCGUCUUCCUGUCAUGUACAACACUCAG